AUGCUGCGCGGCGUCGUCCUCGCCGGCCGCCGCGCGCUGCACCCGCGCCGGCUGCAGCUGGCCAGCAGCAAGGCCACCUCCACCACCACCCCGCGCAGCGGCUCGACGCCCGGCUACAGGUAUGGUUCGACACUGCGAGCAGCCAAACAUGAGAAUAACGCCCGACUCGACCCCUCCCGGCCGCGGCGCCAGUCGACGGCAGCAUCGCCGGCGCACGCCGCCCGACCCCGCCCCGUUCCGUGGUCGCCUCCGACCCCCUCCUUGCUCUUGCUUCUUCUGCUGUUACUCUGCUGCGUUCAGGCGAGCGCCUACGACCCGCUCGAUCCGAGCGGAAACAUCACCGUUAGCUGGGACUUCCUCGACAUCAAGGACAUUUACUCGGUCUCGGUUAGUCUCCAGAACUACCAGCUCUACCGCCACCUCGAGGAUCCAGGGUGGCGGCUGAGCUGGUUUUGGGCUGGCGAUGAGGUGAUCUUGGACGCGAAGGGCGCGGAGGCGACCGAGCAGGGAAACUGCACUCGCUUCGUCGGCGCUCACAGCUGCAAGAAGCGGCCUGUAAUGAUGGACCUGGGCCCCGGCACGCCGUACAACCUUCAGGUCGCCAACUGCUGCCGGGGCGGUGUCCUGUCUUCACUCGUGCAGAACAGCAAGGCGGCCACAUCGACGUUCAUGAUGACCGUCGGCAACUUUGCUCCUUCCAGCGACGUCGGCCCCCAGAUGCCAUUCAAUUUCAGCAUUGGGGUGCCAGGUUACACUUGCAGCAAUGCCACAGUGGUGCCCCCAUCCAGGACCCAGAUUGACAAGCAGCGGCACAUCCAGGCCUUGAGUUGGGCGUUCCCGAGGAAGAUGUACUUUGACGGCGGUGAGUGCGCGAUGCCACCACCUGACGACUACCCACCGCUGCCCAGCGCCAGCUGCGAUCAGCUCCUCUCGGCAGUGCUGAGGUCACUGCUUGCGGGCCUCGUCUUGUUGUUUCUCCUGUUCUAGGGGAGGAGGAGGUCGGAGAAGGAAGAAGUUAUCAAGCCGUGGGACUCGGUCAGCCUUGCACAAAGAGAGGAUCAUGCUACUGGAGUUGUCAAGUAUUGAUGAAUGCUUAGACUAGUGUCCCAGAACUGCUCUGAGGGGCACAGCCGGGAUGGAUAGCUGCUUCGCAGUGUUACUAGCUUGGUGAUUGGUGUUAUAUAGUUGUCCAAGGCGCUGUUCGUGUUAACCUUUCCAAAUGCACUUAUUAGUUUACUAUAUAUUCCUCCAAAGUUGGUGCCGCUCCUUCUGAGUGUUGCUGUAGACCAACAACCUGUUUAGACAUCUUUGCGUGUGUUUGUUUCACUCUGUAACACCAAGCUGUCACAUAAGCUUCAGUCAGUUCCGUUAUAUUUUUGUUCUA